CGUGACGUUGGCAGACAUGGCCGGCUCUGCGGUGGAGAGGAGGGGGUGCUGAGGUAGGCAGAGCGAGGGCAGCAGGGGACCCCCCUCCCCAGGGGAUAGGAACCUGACCCGUGAAUGGUAUAGAUGAGGCCACCGGGCACCAGUGACAUUGAGCCAAGGCAGUCAGGUGGGGGAAUAACAUCCCAGCUGCACGCCCUUGGGCGAGCCAUUUAACCUUCCUGGGCCUGCUUUCUCCUCUGGUACGUGGGCAUCUGUCAUAACAAGACCUAGCUCAUAGGGCUGUUGGGAGUGUUCAAUGAGCUAAUAUACAUAAACGUUUAGAGCGGAGCCUGGCACACAGGAAGCACUGCGUCAGUAUUGUGACUGUUGUUAGCAGGUCCCCUAAGGUCACACGCGAGGCCAGGCCAUGCAGGACUCCCAAUCCCCCGGGGCCACUGGGGCACAAACAAGGCCCCACCUGAAGGACAGGGGUGAGUCAGCCAGCCUGGGGGAUGGGAGUGGAAGGAAGAGGCUGUGCCUUUAAGACAUGCGCCCUCCCUGUCCACAGCACCCCCAGAUCUUGCCUCUCUGCAGCUUCUCUGUGCAGCCCUUUGCUCCCACAACCGUGGCGUGUGGGGUAUGUUGACUUUGACCGGUGGAGCCAGCCCCUCCUCUCAUAGUUGGAGAGGAAAUAAGAUAAGAGGAGGGAGAGAGCUAGGCAUGAGAACUACCAGACUGGGGCUCUGGAGGCCCAAUGGGGCUGAAAGACUGCCAUCUGCCCAAGGGCGCCGGGCCACCCUCCUGCCCCAGGAAACCCAUUCCUUUACUGACUCACGCAUUCAUUCAGCAGGUAGUGAUUGAGAAACUACUCAGGUAAGCGCUGGGGAAGCCAGCCUCUGGCAGAUGUGCGGACACCCCAGAUGUGCACACCCACAGCUUCAUCAAAACCCCAAGACUUCCUGAUGAGAUUUGGCAGAAGCCCCAGGUCGGUACGCGUGCCCGUGGGGGAAUGGGAGUGUGCAUCGGGGGCUGCAUUUUUGAGCGACCGCUGCGUGGGAGAGAGGCAUGAGGAAGAGGACAUCUUGGGCACAUGUCCACCGUCCUGGCUGCCCUCUCCUCACCCCAGAAUCCUCAGGAAGGCAGGGCGCGGCAGUGGGCAGAGCGGGGCCGGGCCAGCCCUGCAGCCGCAGCUGGGAGGUAAGCCACUUCCGCUUGCCAGGCCGGGUUUGGCCAUCCGUGAGCAGAGCGACAGCGUCUACCUCGAAGGCUUGGCAGCGAGGUGCCUCCGUUCACAGAGCGCCCCGCACACGGGAGGUGCUCUUAGAAGUCAGUCCUUGUCCCCUCCGGGGAGGAAAUGGGUAGAGGCUAUAGGGCGAGGGCAAUGCAGCUUUUAUUUGAAGUGGGCUCUGAGCUGACAGAGCUUUAUAAAUUUCCAUUUAAUUGCUCCCCAGGUCCUUGCUGACCAAGCUUCCCGGGGUCAGGAACCGUUCCUUCAAACCCAGCGUCCCAGCACGUCAGAGGGUCUCAGUAAAACAUGUUUAAAACCCCAGUGUCCCCCGUAUCAGGGCAAGGCACCCCCUCCCACGGGAUUGAGUGUACAGGAAUCUUCCACUUAGACACAGGCUUAAUUUCAGGGGCUGAGAGCCUGCGAUCCUGAGUGAAGAAUGUAUAAAAUACCAGGACCGUGUGAUGGGGAUAACAUUUCUCACUGCAGCCCAAGGUGGCAGAUCGGGAGACCACUCUGUUAUGGCAGAAAAGCAGAUACACGGGGAAGGAAUGAUGGAGCCAGGAAACCACCGCACCCGUGGGUGACUGUUUGCUAAGGAGCAAGGUGGUCACAGACCCAGUCUCAAGGGGUCUCCUAUGUUCAAAGAGAAACAGUAACUUGACCGCAGAGGCACCUGGCAGGCCGCAUCCCACCCAAGUGUCCGGAUUUAUAUCAGCAGCGAUAGGACAAACCAGCAUGAUGAGCCUCCUGACAGAGUGCCCUGAGAAGGACACAAUGUCACUUCUAGGCUAUUCCUGCCCGUUACGGGCUGAAUUGUUCCCCCCCGCCCCCCCCCAUUCAUAUGUGGAAGCCCAACCCCCCAGCACCUUGGAAUGUGGCUGUAUUUGGAGACAGGGCCUUUAGGGGGUGAUUAAGUUAAAAUAAGCCUGCGAGGGUGGGCUCUAAUCCAGUCUGACUGGUGUCCUUAUAAGAAGAGGAAAUCUGGACCCACAGAGAGCCAAGAGAAGACCACAUGAGGACACGGCGAGGAGGCAGCCAUCGGCAAGCCAAGGAGAGCAGCUGCAGGAGAAACCAGACCUGCCAACACCUUGGCCUUGGACUUCCAACCUCCAGAACUGUGAGAGAAUAAAUUUCUAUUGUUGAAGCCGCCUACGUGGCUGUAUUUUGUUACAGCAGACCCAGCAAACUAAUACACCGUCAAAAAUGCAUAGCCUGGAUCUAAGCAGGAGGAAACGCCAGACAAAGCCGAGGGAGGGCCAUCCUGUAAAGAAAUUGGCCUGUACUCCUACAAACAUCAAGGGUAUGAAGAACAAAGAAUCACGGACUAUGCCAGGUUGGAAAAGCCUAAAGAAGCACCAUCUUGGUCUUGUAUUGGAUCCUAGUCGAGGAAAAACAAACUUUGCCCCUUUGCUAUAAAAGUCACGAUUAGGACAGUUGGGGAGCCGAGUAAGGUUUGUACGUGAGACACUGGUGUUAUGCCAGUGUUGAUCUGGUUUGGAUCAUUUUCCUUGUGUUUUAGGAAGUCCCGUCUGCAGUGUUUGGGGGUAAAGGAGGACCAUCUGCAACCAGCUCUCAGACGAGAAGGGAGAAAGUGUGGAUGUGGGUGUCUGUGUACAUAACAGAAAGAGCUAAGAGGAAGAGCUAAAACAAACGUGAAAAGACACAGCGUUAAAAAAUAAAGUGCAACUGAGUACGUUUUAAACGUCCUCUUGGCUUUCUGCGACCGUUCAUGAAUCAGGCAACAUCCAGUCUAACGGGAAGGUGCCCUGAGGAGCUGUCCAAAAAGACUUUUCUAGGCAGAAGGGAGCGAGGGCUCGUGUUCACCGGAAGCGGGGCUUGAGCUCACCUGAUGUGAGACUCGAACUCACAAACCAUGAGAUCAUGCCCUAUACCGAAGUCAGAUGCUUAACUGACUGAGCCACCCAGGCACCCCCCUUUUGUCUUGUUUUUAACAACAGCUAACAUUCAAGGAAUCUACGUGAAGGGUAUAGGGAGAUUCUUUUCAGUAAGUCUGAAAUGCUUUCAAACUAACUUUAAAGCCUUCCCUUGUCCUUCAGGAAAAACCCCCCUCACCAGCCCCGCCCCCUCCAGGGGCCCAGACCAGCCUCAAGUCCACGUUUGCAGCCCUAUGCCUUUAUCUCCCCCAAUUCCCGCCGCCUCAACACAGUACCCCCGCCACCAUCCCCUGUGCCCCCCACACUUCUGACCACCCCUACCCCGGCCUGGCCCAUCCCUUAACCCGCUCUGUACCCCGGGUGACCCACCAAGCUUCCCCCACGUAAACUCUCGUCACGGCAAACCUCGUCGCCGCCAAGCGCUAAGUCGUUACCACAGAGAACUUGUCCCGCCCGUUCUUCGUCGCUGUCCGUCUUUCUGUCCACACUGCGAGGUUGGAUUAUCAUCCCCAAUUCACAAGCCGGAAAAGGAAGCAGAGAAAAGUGACGUGGCCCGGCUAGAAAGAAGCAGGGGCUGGGUCGGAGCCUGACUCUUAAGGACCGAGCCACCACGUGCCAGCUGCCGUGGCCCACGCUCAGCGGCACUGGCUAAGGCUGGUGGGGCCGGGGCGAGGCGCUCCCCUGACAUGUGGAUGGCGGUAAUGAGGCUUUGGGACAGCCUGGCACGUGGGGAGCCCUGCCACCUGUGAGCCAGUCUGCUUGUGGUUAAUAGACUUUACUUCUCUGAACUGCCCAGGAUUUAGCACAGAGGUCCCAGGUUCCCCGCACCCAGGGCCCCGUACAGUUACCAUCUCACGUUGGGGCAGUACGUUUAUUGGUUGAUGAACCACUGUCGAUCCACCGAUACGAACCUAAGUCCAUUUCCUUGGCCUCUACCUAAUGUCCUUGUUCUGCGCCAGGAUCCCAUCCAGGAGGCCCCGUUAUAUUUAUUGUCCGUCCUUGUUAUUUUCCAUUAGUAACAGCCACGGUCCCAUUGAUGUCCUGACCCUCAGGACAGCCCCGUGAGGGGCCACUAGUCUGUUUACCAACCUGUCCGCCCACCAUCCAUCUGCACACUCUUAGGGCAGGGGCAGUGUCUCGGCCUCUGGGGCCUGCACAGCCGUCCGAGGGCCCGGUUAGUAAAUUAACCCAGCCUGCUGCCCGCCCCCACAGCCCCCGCAGCUCUCGGUGGCCCGGAGGCCCCAGUGCAGACAGGAGGCCCUGGAGAGCCAGACUGGGCAGGGAAGGGAUGAUGAGGGACUUGGAACCACCCCCUCCGCCUGCCUGCAGCCUCAACCGUACCAGAAGAUUCCCUCCUCCCCACCUCCCAGCCAGGAUCACUCAGCGGAGCCAGCAUCAACCCCCAGCUGGAAGGCAGGAAGUCAGGGUGAGGGGCAAUUUUCAGAGCACCUUCAGGGCCCGGGCCUGGGAGGGUGCCUUCUUUGGCCUUCAGGGAGGGAAUUUCACCAGAGCCCCUGGUGGCCAGGCUCCUCCAGGUGGGCCCCCUUUGCCCCUAGAAGUUUCCAGUCACCACCUCCCCCAUAUAAGGCCUGGGCGUCACCGGGCCACGAGUGAGUGGGGAUCGUUAUGGUGGCCGUGGUGUAUCUGAUGACAAGAGCCUCGGCCAUGGUCUGGGAUGGCUGCGUGGCAUUGCUGCUGCUGCUGGUGGCCGCUCUGGGGCUGGGGCAGCGGCCGCACCCUGAGCCUGGUCUCCGGGGCCUGCGGCACAGCUCUGACUGUGGGAUCAAGGGCAUGCAGCUGCUGGUGUUCCCCCGGCCGGGCCAGACCAUCCGCUUCAAGGUCGUAGAUGAAUUUGGGAACCAAUUCGAGGUCCACAACUGCUCUGUCUGCUACCACUGGGUCACCGCCAGGCCCCUGGGACCCGCCGUCUUCUCUGCUGACUACAGAGGUUGCCACGUGCUGGAGAAGGACGGGCGCUUCCACCUGAGGGUGUUCGUAGAAGCCGUGCUGCGCGACGGUCGAGUUGACGCGGCAGGAGAGGUCACCCUGAUCUGUCCUAAACCUAGCCACACCUGGACUCCGGAGUCCCACCUGGCCUCACGCACAGGCUUCUCCCUGCCUACCCCUCAUACCCGGCCCCUCCGCCCCACCCAGGAGCACAGCUUCACCCGUCCGACCCCUGCCCUGCUGCCCCUUAGACCUGGAGCCACCCGUCCCACCCUGACUCUGCCCCAGUGGGACAUCUUGGAACACUGGGGGGUUGACGAGCCCCUUCACCCAGGGGCACCUCUGACCUGGGAGCAGUGCCAGGUGCCCUCUGGGCACAUCCCCUGUGUGGGGAGAAGAGGUUCGAAGGAAGCCUGUCAGAAGGCUGGCUGCUGCUAUGACAAUAGCAGAGCGGUUCCCUGUUACUAUGGCAACACAGCAACUGUCCAGUGCUUCAGAAAUGGCCAUUUCGUCCUGGUGGUGUCCCAAGAAACAGCCUUGGCACAUGGGAUCACGCUGGCCAAUAUCCAUGUGGCCUAUGCCCCCACCAGCUGCUCCCCGACUCAGGACACGGGGUCCUUCGUGGUCUUCCAAUUCCCUCUGACCCACUGUGGGACCACCGUCCAGGUGGUUGGCAACCAGCUCCUCUAUGAGAACCAGCUGGUGUCAGACAUCGACGUCCGAAUGGGGCCACAGGGCUCCAUCACACGGGAUGGCGCCUUCCGGCUUCACGUGCGCUGUACCGUCAACGCCAGUGACUUCCUGCCGCUCCGGGCGUCUAUCUUCCCACCCCCCUCGCCGGCCCCCGUGAUCCAGUCCGGCCCCCUGCGGUUCCAGCUGCGGAUCGCCACGGAUGAGACUUUCCGCUCCUUCUACGAGGAGGGGGACUACCCCAUCGUGAGGCUGCUCCGCGAGCCUGUGUCCGUGGAGGUCCGGCUCCUGGACAGGACAGACCCCGGUCUGGUCCUGCUGCUGCACCGGUGCUGGGCCACUCCCAGUGCCAGCCCCUUCCAGCAGCCUCAGUGGCCCAUCCUGUCAGAGGGGUGUCCUUUCGACGGUGACAGCUACAGGACCCAAAUGGUAGCCUCAGACGGGGCAGGGCUGUCCUUCCCAUCACACCACCAGCGCUUCACCGUCACCACCUUCGCCCUCCUGGACCCUGGCUCCCAGAGGGCCCUCAGGGGACAGGUUUACUUCUUCUGCCACUCCUCUGCCUGCUCCCCCUCGGGGCUGGAGACGUGCUCGACCUCGUGCAGCUCUAGGCCCGCUAGACAGCGACGAUCCUACACUCCGCUCGGCGAGGCCACCAGGCCGCAGAACCUCGUGAGCUCUCCAGGGCCAGUGGACUUUGAGGAUUCCUCCGGGCAGGAGCCUCCGCUGGGGCCCACAGGCUCCCCCAGGAACGCUAACCAGAGGCCUCUCCUCUGGGUGGUCCUUCUGCUAGUGGCUGUGGCCCUGGUCCUUGGGGUCGGGGUUUUCGCGGGCCUGAGCCAAGCCAAGCCCAGAAGCUCUAGGAGGGCGACAGAGGGCGACUGGGCUCAAUAAAGCGCCGUGUCCAGCCUGCCCAGCGGGUGUGGAAAGCUAUUCGUGGCGACUAGAAAGAUUCGGUCUCAGAAGCGUGUUCCUUUGUGUCAGGUCUGUCGUGUCAGAACCGUGACCUCUUCGACAAAUGCUUAAUACGGGCCGCACCCUGGGCAGAGUCCAGCGUCUCCCAAGGCUGAUUCGGGAGACUUUGCCUUUCAGCAAGGAGAGACGGCAUUCCAGAGAGAACCAGAUAAGCGAGGGUAGAGGAGGGUACAAUCACAGCAGAGUCCGAGCCCCAGUAGGUAGGAAUGGGGAGCCCCGAGGGUGAAAUGGCCCGUGAAGGCCUGACCCCGUCGCCCAGACGUGGGAGUUCUGACUUUCUCACAGCAUGCUGCUCAGCUCCCCGUGGGGAAGGGGCACCCAGAGCUCCUGGGGCCUUGAAGGAACUCUUCAGUCUUGCUCUGAGCCUCAGCUUCCCGCUAAAGGAUGCUGGGGCCCGCCAGCCUCCCUCUCCCUUCCUUCAGCACACGCCCCCCACCCCACCCCCCCCCAUCGCCAGACUAGUCCACUCCUAGGCUGACAUGACAUAGCAGCCUCUUGGCCCUGAUGCUGGCUGCCACAGCGAGCCUGCCCCCACCCCCCCCACCCCCCCCCCCCCACAGCUCUACCAGCGCUGGUUGUGUGGCUGACUUUCGUGUGCCCCUGUAGGACCUAGGCCUUCAUCUCUGACUUGGCCACAAAGAACUUUCCAGACUGACCUGUACAUCUAGGCUGGGAAGGGGUAGCAGUUGGGAGGGAUUGGGGGGGUGGGGUAGGGUUCAGCCUCUGGUGACAGGAGAGAAUAAUCUGGUAGGUGGGUCCAAACUUGACUUUAGAAAAAAGAUCGAAAGGCCUUGGUGGGGCAUGAGCUGUGACAGGGAACCACACAAGUCAGGCCGGGGGCCUUGACGCUAGGCAGGGGCUCCUCCUUUCUGGCCCGCUCUACCUUCUUGGUCUGGGGAUACUGGUCAAAUAGAGGGGCUCCAAAAUCAAUCUGCUUUGUUACAACCCCAGUACUGUCUCUUACUAGCUGUAAUACUGAGUUACUGAACUUUUGGGAGCCUGUUUCCCCCUCUGGAAAAUGGGGGUGAUCCCCAUCCCCACCCCCACAGGGGUGUUAGGUAAAUUAACAGAAGAAUCCCUCAAGGAGCACGUGACAACAUUUACUGAAUGUCGUAAACUACUAGAAUUUUUCUUCUCUGCCCCAAGCUUCAUGCUUUGCUUAAACUCUGAAGACCAGUUUAUAGCCCAGAGGAGGAGGGGCUGGGGAAAAGGCUAGCUGGGGGUGGCAGCAUGGAUCUUCGGGCCCGAGUGUUCUAGACACUUGCCGUGGGAGUUAGCCAAGGAACUUCCCUUGUCUGGGGCUGCCUUCCCGCUGUGACCAGGGAUGGCCAGUGCUGUCCGACCUCCUGGCCUGUACUCGGGGCCAGGGUGAAAUUAUGAGGAUUCGUAGCUUUGGUGUUGGGUGAAGGAGCCAGACUGACUUGGUCUGAAGGGGUCAAGGUUCUGGUUCUUCCAUCCAGGACCGACUCUUCUUUCUUACCACGGCCUUCAUCAUCCAGGCUCACGUAGGCAUUUCAAAUGGCACAGAAGGGUGGUUCUAUGAAUUGCAUCGAUGCUGUGCUUAAACACGAUGCUGUAGAUCCCACAUGGAAUCACAUUAUGUAACUUUAAGGGUGUCGUGUGUGUUUUCUUACCACAAAGGUAGACCUCUUGAGUUAUUCCCUAUUUUAAUAGCUGCCGUCUCUUCCAUAUCGCCGUUAAACUGAUACAUUUGAUCCCCUUUGGGUAGAAUUCAAAUCUAUGAAUGUGAACCCUUGUUAUCUAAGCAUGUGAUUCUUUGUAUACAGUUCUCUCAGAAGUUCUCAGAACCGCUGGAUCAAAAGCUGUGCGCCUUCUGUCAGGCUCUGGGGGAACACACGGGGUGCCAGUAGCCUGCCCCCCCACCCGCACCCCACUCCACCUUGCUGCCACAGAUCAGUAUCGUUCUAAAGCUUUGCCACCCGCGCUGCCUAAGGCAGAUAGCGUUGCUGGCCUAAAAUGUAACUCUUUGGGGGUGCCCGGGUGGCUCAGUCGGUUAAGAGUCCCACUCUCGAUUUCAGCUCAGGUCAUGAUCUCCUGGGCAUGAGAUCGAGUCCAUACUAGGCGUGGAGCCUGCUCGAGAUUCUCUUCCUCUUCUGCCCCUUCUCUCUCUCUCUCAAAUACAUAUUAAAUUUUUUUUAAUAAAAUGUACCUCUUUGAUUAGAGGACAAGC